AUGAUGCUGACAAAAAACGGUUAUCUCAUCAAAAACUUGGAUGGUUCACUGUACCAAACUGACUUGUGGCAGGCAGGAAUGGGCAUUGUCGACUUCACCAACCCACAAGCAGUAUACUGGUACAAGCGGUGUUUGGCUUCGUUGAUUGACUUGGGUGUCGACUCAUUCAAAACCGACUUUGGCGAGCGCAUUCCUUGCAACAACGUCAUGUACCACGAUGGACUGGACCCUGUGGCCAUGCACAAUUAUUACACGUUUUUGUACAACAAAGCGGUGUUUUCUGUUCUUGAAGAAGGUGUUGGAAAAAACCAGGCGUGCCUUUUCGCUCGUUCAGCCACUGUAGGCGGCCAGAGUUUCCCUGUCCAUUGGGGCGGUGACUGUUUGUCUACAUUCGAGGCCAUGGCCGAAACUUUACGCGGCGGCCUCAGUCUUGGGUUGGCCGGCUUCGGUUUCUGGUCCCACGACAUUAGCGGCUUUGAAGGCACGGCCCCAGACCCGGCAGUUUACAAGCGGUGGUGCGCCUUUGGCUUGUUGAGCUCGCACUCGAGACUCCACGGCUCUUCGCUGUACCGAGUCCCAUGGAAUUUUGACGACGAGUCCAGCGACGUGUUGCGGCUUUUCACUCGCUUGAAGUUGCGCUUGAUGCCAUAUUUGUACCACCAUGCGAUCUUGGCCCACAAACACGGCGUCCCGAUUUUGAGACCAAUGUUCCUUGAGUUCCCACAAAACAUUGCAGCAGAGUCUGCUGACACUCAAUACAUGCUUGGAGAUGCAUUAUUGGUCGCUCCUGUUUUCAAUGCAGAGGGUGAUGUCAGCUUCUUCUUACCUGCUGGCAAGUGGUACGGUUUGCUUGAUGGAAAAGUACGUGAGAGCUCUGGCAGUGGCACUUGGGUGCAAGAACAACACGGUUUUCUGUCUUUGCCUUUGCUUGUUAAAGCAGGCUCAGCUAUUGUCACGGGCCCAGACGACGCUGAAGAGCCAGAUUACGAUUACUUCAAGGAUUUCAUUGUGUCUAUCUUCGAAAUUGCUGACGGUGCCGCUGUGGUUGUUCCAAUUCCCGACAGCAAGAAAUUAGGCGCGUAUGCGGGCGAAGUCAAGGUUUCGCGCUCGGGCGACACCAUCGAGGUUUCGGGCGGCGACGCCCAAUUCCAGGUGCGGGUGCUUGGCGUGGAGAAAAUCUCGGUCGAGCACGGCGUAGACGAACUCGGAAAUGCGCUUGUUUCUGCAAAGGGAAAAGUCACUUUCCGUGUUUGA